GUAACGAAUUCUUUUGACACCGUUUUUCAACACUUCCGGUUAUGAAAGAAAAAAAAUGUCGACAGAAACUUUGGCUUCCCUAGAAACAGAUAUACCUAUGCCAUAAAGAAGUGAAAUGGACGACACUUCAGUUUUUUUUCUUCACAUAUCAACAAUUUGAAGAUAACCAAACAGUGCACAACUUACCAUAUUUAGUAUAUUGACCCCCUUUACAUGUAACACAGGAAAAUGUCAAAAGGAACAAAGGUCCCAGGCUAUAUGCAAGGGAAAGGAAGUAGAAAUCCACGAGGCAUUAUUGGUGACAGAGAAAUCCGUUACAAAUGUUCCCUACAGAACACAGUUCUAGAUGUGCUGCGUGGAAGACCAGGUUGGCAGGAAGUGCCAGGUCAAAAUAAUAUCCCACAAAAUGUUCAGGCUAACCCAAAACAGCAGGGUCAGCAAUCCACCGGUCAGCAACCCUCUAACACUGGCAAGUCAGGAUCAGGUUCUACUAACCAAGGAACAACCUUUGGAAACAAGGGAAGUGUAAGAAACCCCCAACAAGGGCCUGGUACACAACCUGGAGUACCCACAAGACUAGGUUUUCAAAGUAUUCCUCCUAUAACCAGGAACAGUGACGGUGACUGGGACUUUUACUGGUGUGACAGGGAGUGGCUCGCUCAGAACUACGACACAAUGUUCCUGUAUGAACACCAGAAAAUUCUACACUUCCGGAACCACUACGAGCUGACCAGGAAGAACUUGAUGGUCAAGAACCUGAAGCGUCUGAAGAAACAGACAGAGCGAGAGCUGGGCAAGGCCGAGGGUCAGAGCUUUGAAUUCUUCCCAACAACAUAUGAACUUCCCUCUGAAUACCACAUAUUUGUGGAGGAGUUUAAGAAGAACCCAGGAAUUAUCUGGAUCAUGAAACCAGCCGCCAGGGCGCAAGGACGGGGGAUAUUUUUGUUCCGGAGACUGAAAGACAUUACAGACUGGAAAAAGGGAGAGUACCAGCCUCUAAGCGAUCCAAACCGAGAGGUUCCGGAAACUUACGUAGUGCAGCGGUACAUAGAGAAUCCGUAUCUUAUCGGCGGCCGCAAGUUCGAUGUUCGAGUCUACGUUUUAGUAGUAUCCUACAAUCCUCUCAAAGUGUGGCUAUACAGAAGCGGCUUCGCUAGAUUCUCCAAUACCCGGUUCUCUCUCGAUUCCAUAGAAGAUACAUAUGUUCAUUUGACAAACGUUGCAAUCCAGAAGAAUGCACCGGACUAUGACCCUGAUAAAGGCUGCAAAUGGUCCACACAACAGCUCAGGAAAUACCUUUGUGCCAAACACGGAGUAGAGGCUGUCAAAAACGCAUUCAAAGGAAUAGACAACAUCAUCAUCAAAUCACUGCAGAGUGUUCAGAAAAUCAUCAUUAACGAUAAACAUUGCUUCGAGAUGUAUGGAUACGACGUGCUGUUCGAUUCUGAUCUCAAACCGUGGUUGAUAGAAAUCAAUGCGUCUCCCUCACUGACUGCCAGUGGAAAGGAGGACUAUGACCUCAAGUUUGGUCUCCUCAAUGACGUGUUAAAUGUCCUUGACCUGGAGAACCGCCUGACCGGUAAAGAGAAGCGGAUUGGGGGCUGGGACUUACUCUGGGAGGACGGUCCUAUCUUAGCUGACGACGGGAACAUGGAGUGUACCCCCAACGGGACUACAGCGUCCAUCCCCAACUCAUUUCUAGGCUGCCAUAACGACAGGAAGCGACAGUUACGUGAACUGUUUACGGCCGCUCAGUCCAUAAAGAAGUCAUGAUUGGGACGUGCAAAGAUGUUUCAAACUUUACUGUCAUCCGAUUCAUAAUCACUCAAAAUGUCAUCUUUACCAGUUUAUGUUUUGUUGGUGUUUGUUCGGGUAUGAUGUACUAUAUUUUUGUGAUAUUAAAACACCUUUGUAAUGAA